AUGAGUUACACCGUUGACCACCACUUCACGGGCCCGAGCUCGUACCGCAAGACUCGGCCCGCAUCCGUCUCCUCCAGCGGCUUCCACUCCCAGCGCCGCCGCCUCGCCUACAGCCAGCCCUCUGUCUCCAUCGACAGCCUGGACGCUUUCAACGGCAACAUGACGCGGAGGAGCGAGAAAGAAGUCCUGCAGGCUCUGAACGACCGCUUCGCCGGUUACAUCGACAAGGUGCGCAACCUGGAGAUGCACAACCGCAACCUGGAGGCGGAGGCUGCGGCGCUGCAGCAGAGCCAGGCCGGCCGCACGGCCGUCGGAGAGCACUAUGAGCGUGAGUUGAGCGACCUGAGGGGCGUCCUGCAGCAGCUGACGGGGGACAAAGCCCGUACGCUCGUCGAGCACGAACACCUGGAAGAAGACAUCCAGCACUUGCGCGGCAGGCUGGAGGAUGAGACGAGAAACCGGGAAGAGUUGGAGGCUGCCGCUCGGGCCAUGAAAAAGUACAUGGAGGACAGCCAGCUGGCGCGUCUCGAGCUGGACAAGAAGUUCCGUGCCCUGGAGGAGGAAUCCGAUUUUCUCAAGAGAAACCACGAGGAAGAGGUGGCAGAGCUCAUGGCGCAGAUCCAGGGCGCACAGGUGAAUUUCGACAUGAGAGACAUGGUCAAAGCCGAUGUCACCGGCGCACUGCGAGAGAUUCGCUCGCAGCUGGACAGUCACGCCACAAAGAACACGACCCACGCAGAGGAAUGGUUCCAUGUGCGUAUGGAGCGUCUAUCCGAAACUGCUAAGACGAACCAGGAUGCAAUCCGUGGGAGCCAGGAGGAGAUUGCAGAACACCGGCGUCAGCUCCAGAGCCGCACCAUUGAGCUGGAGACUCUUCGAGGAACCAAGGACUCACUAGAGAGGCAGCGAAUGGAGAGUGAAGAUAGGCACCAGGAUGACCUUAACUCACUACAGGAAACCAUCAACCAGCUUGACAAUGAGCUGAAAUCCACCAAAUGGGAGAUGGCCAGCCAACUGAGAGACUAUCAGGAGCUGCUGAAUAUGAAGAUGGCCCUGGAUAUUGAGAUUGCUGCUUACAGAAAGUUACUGGAGGGAGAGGAAAAUCGCUUUUUGUCAGGUGGCCCCCCAUUAUCCUUCCUGCAGAGCAGAAUCUCCGGACAUGUCAAAGUCAAAGCCGAAGAAAUCUCUGAUACAGUAAUCGUGGAGGAACAGACCGAUGAGACACAAGUGACAGAGCUGACAGAGGAAGCAGAUGAGGAGGAAGAGGAAGAAAACAAAGAAGAGGAAGAAGAGGAAGCUGAGGAAACCAAAGAGGAGGAGGAACAAGGUGAGGAAGAAGAAGACAAGGAGGAAGGAGAAGACAAGGAGGAAGAAGAGGUAGAGGAAGAGAAGGAUGAAGAAGAAGAAGAAGAAGAGGCUAAGGAGGAAGAGGCUAAGGAGGAAGAGGCUAAGGAGGAAGAGCAGGAGGAGAAAGGAGAAGAGGGAGAAGAUGAAGAAAAUGAUUCAUCCACUCCUCCAAAACCCCCUCAGCCCAAAUCUCCUGCUGUCAAAUCACCAGAAUCUAAAUCGCCACAAAAAUCUCCAGAAUCCAAAUCACCAGCAGACAAAUCCCCAAUGCCUAAAUCACCUGCUAAAUCUCCCACAGGAGAUGAGUCAAAGUCCCCACCUACUAAAUCACCUGAAUCUAAAGCUCCUCCCAAGAGCCCUGAGCCAAAGUCUCCAGAAAAAGAAACCAAGCCCAUUCCUCCCAAAGACACCGUAAAAGAGGAGAAAAAAGAGGAGAAGCCACAGCCCGUCAAGGAAGAAAAGGAGAAAGAGCAGCCUGCAGAGAAGAAGCAGGAACCCAAGGAGAAAGAGCCGGAGAAGGCAGACAAACCCGACACAAAGGAAGAUAGUAAAGUAGAUGAAAAAUCAGAAAAGGAGGACGUUUUGAAACCUGCCACUCCUAGCAAGCCCUCUGAGGACAAACCCGCCCCGAAGUCUGAGCCUAAAGAGAGUGCCCCCCCUGCUAAGGAGGAGAAGACUCCUGCUCCUAAACAAGAGAAGGCUGAACCUGAAGCAAAGGCAGCAUCUAAAUCCGAACCCGAGAGCAAGACUGAGGAGAAGAAGCCCGAGGAGAAACCUGUCCCUAAAGUAGAGCCGGAGAAGACAGAGAGUAAGCAAGAAGAGAAGAAGCCAGAAGAAAAACCUGCAUCUAAAGUAGAGCCAGAGAAGACAGAGAGCAAGAAAGAGGAGAAGAAACCAGAGGAAAAGCCUGUGCCCAAAGCAGAACCCGAGAAGACUGACAGCAAGAAAGAAGAAAAGACAGAGGACAAAAAGGAAACAAGUAAAGAUGAAAGUAAAGAGGUGAAGGAGGAAAAAGUUGAGAAAUCCUCUGACGCUGAGUCAAAGGAGAGCAAGGAUGAGAAGCCCAAAAAGUAAGACUUAAGUGCUGUGUUUCAGUUAUCGCAGAGACGAGGA